UAAAACCUGGCCCAAGUCCUUGUGUGGGGCAGUUUGUCUCAGGGAAGCCUGCAUCACACACAUACGCACACUCGGUGUUCCGCAAGAGUCCCUCUCGGACCCACAUUGAGACUUGUCGGCAACUACAGGAGCCGAGCCAAGUCAUGGCUGCCCCGAAGAGGAUCGGCCUCUCCGCCGUGAUGGUUGCCGCAUCGCUGGCGGCCAUCGUCGUCAUGCUGCUGCCCGCCGACGUGUCUGCAGGCCCGAUCGCCGGCGAGAACAAAAGAGACGCGGAGGUGAGCGUCCGGGAGAGGGCGGAGGCAGCGUCGGCGGCCCGGCGGAGGCUGAGCCGUAGCCGCAGGAACAUCAGCUGGUACAAGCAGCACUCGGACUUCUGGAACUGGUACAAGUACUUCACUGACAACGGCAACCAGGAGGCGGUUCAGGAGCUGGACCGCAUCUACCUGGCCUACCUUCAGAACAAGAACCGAGCCGAAGGCCGUCGCUCGUACAAGGCCUACCUGCGCCACCUGGGGGACAUCUACAAGACGUGCGCCGACUCGGACGACCCCAACUGCGUGGCGUCCCACACCGGCAGGCCCAAGCCCGAGCCCCCCAAGCCUGCGCCGCUCAAAACAUGCGACCCCACCAAGGAUGCCUCCUGCCUGUACGCCGCCCUGGUGGCCGGAAAGAGUCCCUACCUGCCGCUGGUGUUACCCGCUGCCGCGCCUCCGGUUAAGGCCCUUGCCCCUCUUUUUGCGCGGUCCGCCGCCCCAGCAAAAGCUCCUCAGUCGGGUUACUACUACGCACCGUCGUCAGUUUCUUUCCUGUCCAAGGAGCAGAAGGCCGAGCUGCUGCGCAUCUGUGCGGCGGAGGACGUCGAGUGUCUGCAGUACCACCUGAGGGCCGCCUAUGGUUACUCGCCCUCUGCCGGGACGCCGCCGGCUUACGCCCACCUGGGCUGCGACCCCCAGACGGAUCCCGCCUGCAAGCCCCAGCUGGUGCAGAAGGCCCCCUCUGGCCUCUAUCUGAAAUACCCUAACUGUGACCCGCUCAGCGACCCGUACUGCGCCUACGCCGCCUCCCAAGUGGCUCCCAGAGCCCCCAACCCGCCUUCCCCGGCUGGCCCCGGGUCCUGCAAUCCCCUCUUUGAGGACGGUUGCAACCCCCUGACCGCCACCAAAUACGCCACGCCCCCAGAGGCAUACAAACAGGAUGAAAGUGAGGAGGCGGCCUCCAUCCGCGCCCCCCCUCCCGCCGCAGACCACUACAGCGAUCCCUACGGCAUGUAUAGAGAUGCUAACGCUAAUGCUGACAGAGUCACCGACCUUUACGCCAUGUACCGCCAGGUUAGCGCCCCGGUCCCGCCGCCCGCCAACGACCCGUACGCGAUGUUGCGCCGCUUCAUGGCCCACGCUCAGGGCAGCGACCCGUACGCGCCCCGCAUGGAGGCCACGCCCGAGUCCAACUCCAACGAUCCCUUCUCUGCCAUGAGAGGUGCCACCGUCACUACGCACCUCCACGGCCACCACGGUGCCCGGCAACACUAUUCGUUCUCUCACCCCGCUUAUGAGGAGCCUACCCGGGAAGAGCGCCACCCUCUUGGCCCUCCAGGUAAAACUAAGGAGGGCUACGACUGCUUCAUCGGCUACGACCGCGAGUGCUUCCCGGUGCAGUCGGCCGAGCCUCGGUCGGGCGCCCACCGACGCAUCCCCUACGCCGCCGAGGCCUACGAGCCCCACCUGAACGGCGACGGCACCCGCAACGGUGUUCUGGAGCCGCCUAACCCGCACUGCGACCCCGAGUACGACCGCGACUGCCGCUUGCGCCGCUUCGAACCUGAGCAGCCGCGCCACGAGGCCCAACCCGAGCGCUACGAGGCUAAACCGGAGGCGGCGGACGGUGGGCUGCAGCCGGAGCGGGACCCUUCCGAGGCCGAGCCUUACCAGAGUGGCCAGGAGGAGCCUCACGUGUCCAACCAGCCGCCGCCCCCCCAGGGAAUGCCCAGCCUGCAGGACAUACUGAAGCACUUCGGUGACCAGUUCCCGGAACAGGAUGACUACCGCAAGAAAUAAACCACAAAUGGAUGCCAACUUGUAGAUGGACUUGAAAACACAAGCAGUUUCAAAGCUUCUGCCCCACCGGACCCUCACGCGACACCCAUCUAUGGACACCAUGAACCUGAGAGCGUCUUUCGGUCAGCAAGGAGCGCCCUAACUUCGCCUCGCCUCACCUCCUCCGAGCACCGGAAUGUGUUGUGACUUGCUCGGUCGGCUUCGCUCCGCCAGCUAGCCAGUGACCAAUUAUGGAAAGUUAUUUUUCACUUUGAAUGUUCUAAUAAAAAGCUCUUGAAAGCUG